AUGCUUUUCCUCCCAUCUACGACAGGGAGCAUAUUCGUAAUUGGAGGAGAGACUGCGCAGGAUGAUGGCUCCACCCGCGUUGACGAGUUUAUAGUGGGGGAAAGGCGUUGGCGUCAACGGGCGCCUCUUGCCGAUCGACGCCAGCAGCAUUCAGCCGCCGUCGUUACUACCACAAACCAAGAGAAGAACGAAGAGAGGGCUCUGAUUGGCGUCUUUGGUGGAUGCUAUGAAGAAGACGAUACCUGGAUAAACCUAGCCUCAUGUGAGGUGUACGAUGUCAGUCAGGAUAGUCGCCUUCACUUCCCACACUGUUCCCACGCAUUCACCCAUCGCAUUGGUCUAGUGGAUCACAUGCGCAUUCACCGUGAUGUGGACACACCCAACACCAGCUCCAGUCCACCCACUUAUCGCUUCGCCAUCUCCAAGAUAAGGAUCCGCCUUCAAGCACGACGGAAACUUCGGAGUAAGUGUCUACAGUCACCGCGUUUGCCUCCAGCUUGCUGA